GUGGAGAAACCGCGGGCCUUAAAGAUUAGUGACUCGGCCGGCGCUGAAUUUUGCUUCAAAACAACUGACAACUGUUUAACUGAGUAAUGAACGUUUAUGUGCUCUCCUGGCUGCUGUUUUUCCUGGCGCCCGGGGGUUGUCCCAUCUACAGCAUAGACCUGGCCACCUUGGAGGUGCCCACCAACUACUUCCAGAACGAGCUGACCCUGCAAUCGAUGCUUAGCUCGGAGUUGCGGGAAUACCGCAAUGGCCUGAACGAGAGAAUCGGUGGUCAGCAUUCUCCGUCGCCAAGGCACAACCAACAGCCCGAUUGGCUCAAGGAUCUGUCCAAGGCGGCGCGGAGUACCUCGGAGACGAGUGUGACCUUUCUGGGCACCAAUCUGUUCGGCAACUGCCGCAAGAACUGCUUUUCCACGGAGGACAUUGCCCUGAUGUCGGCCCGCAAGGACUUCGAGCUGCUGGUGCCCAAAUCCUUUCCGCAAUGCCUGCUCAGCGACAGAAUUGUGCACAUGCUCAUCAGGUACUUUAACACCGUUAACCAGCUGGUGAAGAGGAUGUCGGACGAGGACACGCGACUAAUCCUCCAGAGGUCUUUCUACGACGCUCUGGGCGGCUACCUUCGCUACUACCUGCUGCCCAUGGCCCAGGUUUCCUUCUACGCCGGUCGCCUCAAGCUGAACACCGUGGAGCGAUUGGUGAACAUCUAUCGGCAGUGCAAGACGGCUCUUAAUACGAACGGAAAUGGCUGGCGAACACCGGACAAGGACAUACUGUACAGGCUAAAAGGUGUCAAGAUCCAGCCUCUCAAGCUGCCCAGGAGGUCCUGCAAGUCCGAGGAGGAUGCCUCCAGCUGUGCCCUGCUGGAUCAAAGUUGUCUUUCCCAGGAGUCGGAUCAGGACCACAUGGUUGUGCCACUGCCGAGACUCGAGGCGGUGGAUGAGUAUGGCUUUCUGAACAACAUCUAUGUGCCGUUCCGCAAGCGGAGGAUCUACAAUCUUCGCUCCCCGAAAUCCGCCUUUGUUCUGGUGAAAUUUUUCCAAGCCCUCACCAACUGCCAUCGGUUUCUGGCCGUGAGCCAGGUCGACUACAAUCGCAAGUUUCUUUCCUGGAUAAGGGAGAAUGUGCAGAUGCACUACCAGGAUGAGGUUUUCUACCCGGGGCUGGGUGGGAUCCUCCAGGUCAAGGAGAGACUUUUGAUUCAGAAAAAUAGUCGCGAGGAAGAAUACCAAGAGACGACACCAGCCGACAAAAAAGAGGAGGCCGGAUCUCCCUCCUCCUCCUCGGGAGAGGACUCCCGCAAGCUGAGUCGCUCCGCGAUCCACUGGCAGGAGGCUCCAGACUCGGAGCAGGAACAGGCGCACCAGGACGAGUGGCUGUCCGGAUUGGAGAGGGUCCACACCCGCCAGGACGAACUAGAGGAGUGUCGGGAGUGCGACAACGACGACACCUUGAUUUGGUGCAUCGCCGCCUUCCUGGCCUUGCUGCUGCUCCUCAUUCUGCUCAUCAUCUGCUGCUGCAUGAAAAGGGGCAGGAAGAAGAAGGAGGUGCUGCUGCCGGAUGCAGAGGCACCGCCGCUCAAGGAGAAACGGAAAAAGGAGCCGCUGAUAGCUAAGAACACCCAACUGGAGGUCAAGAACGUCGACGAAGGCGUAAAUCAGUACUACUAUUCCGGAUCUGGUCGCCACAGCACCUCACAGAGAUCAGUUCAGGAUGAUCGCUAUCCGGCGAAUCCGGAGCUCGAUUCCUACACCUCCACCUCCUCGCUGGGCUGUCAGUUCAACAGGAAGUGCGUGCCCCUAAAGUUCGCCCGCUCAAAAGGGGAGGAGUACUAUGUACCCGACAAGAGUCGCGACGAGUUGAACAAGCAAGUUCCCGCCCUAGCUCUUCUCUCCGAGGAUUCGUUCGCUCGCCGAGCGCGCCAACCUUCCAAAAAGUCGGCUCUAAAAUCAAAUGAAUCCCCAAAUCCCACUUCGGAAGGCGAGCGGACCGCCCUGGACAAGGAGAAAAAGCGACAGAGGCCCUACGGCAUAGAGGCCAAGCGGAAAAAGGACAAGGACACCGAGGCGAUCCGGAAAAAGGAGCAGACUAAAUCCUCAGAAGAGAGAAGUCAGUCAACGCCGGAAAGGCGAACGACCAACCGAGGGAGGAUCGUGACGGACAACGAGUCUACCGACGAUCCUCGCCUGGACCGAAAGAAGUCCAAAGAAAAGACGGAAACCAGUGCGGUUCGUAAAAAGGGCGGCACUGAGACUCAUCAAUUCAAUUCAUCGGAUGACACGAGAGUAACCCCGGCGAUCUCUCCCCAGUCGGUAAAGGAUUCCCCCAGCUGGGAAACGACCUUUGAGGAUAACUAAUCGGCCAUUUUUCUUAUUUGCGUCGCAAUUAUGUUUUUGAUUAUAUUUUAUGAUAAGGUAAAAAAACCUUUCAAUUUUCUAAUUUAAACUUUUAAUCUUGAGAUGUUUAAAAAACUAAAUUGACUUUUGAAAUUGUUUUUCAAUGCUGCGGUCCCAAUCAAACUAAUUAGAACUUAAUACCACAAACGGACAACAAGUAAACUCGGCAAAAGAUGGACAAAAAGCUGGAAUCGCCAAAUUAAUUUGAUAAUGAAAGAUUA